CCCUAACAAGGGACACAAAAACAAUUCGGGAUACAAAGAACUGUGCACUGCGAAAAACUGGUACCCCUCAAAAUACAUCGUAUUCUCGGCUGAAUACUUACGUACAGUAGCAGUAACAAGGUCUCUUUACAGCUGUAGAGAUGGUCUCGCCUGUCACUGUGGUGAAGUCGGAGGGGCCGAAGCUAGUGCCCUUCUUCAAGGCCACCUGUGUGUACUUCGUGCUGUGGUUGCCCACCUCCAGUCCUUCCUGGUUCAGCGCUCUCAUCAAGUGCCUGCCCAUCUUCUGCCUGUGGGUCUUUCUGCUGGCGCACGGCAUCAGCUUUUUAGGUGCUCAUUCCAGUGCCCGAAAGAUCUUAGCUGGACUCAUAUUCUCUGCUCUGGGAGAUGCCUUUUUAAUCUGGCAGGAGCAGGGCUACUUCAGCCAUGGGCUUCUGAUGUUUGCCAUCACCCACAUCCUCUACUCCUCCGCAUUCGGCAUGAAACCCCUAAACGCAGUGGCGGGCCUGGUGAUCGGGGCCGUCUCGGCGGUCAGCUACGCGCUGCUCUACCCCUACCUGUCCGGGCCGUUUACCUACCUGGUGGCCGUGUACAUCGCCCUGAUCGGCUUCAUGGGCUGGCGAGCCAUCGCCGGCGUGCAGCUGGCCAACGACCUGUGGACGUGGACCAAGCUGUCGGCGUGCCUGGGCGCCAUGCUCUUCAUGGUGUCCGACCUGACCAUCGCCGUCAACAAAUUCUGCUUCCCCGUGCCGCACUCGCGCGCCAUCAUCAUGGCCACCUACUACGCCGCGCAGAUGCUCAUUGCGCUCUCCGCCGUCGAGUGUCAGGAUGCCGACAUGGCCAGGAAACGAGCGUGAGAUGCCCCCCCACCACCCCUCCCGCCAACACUGCCCCAGUAUCCAAGCUCUAUCUGCCACCCACCUCACACCUGCCUGAGGGGGGGCAGCAUACCUCCCUGCCUAUUAUCCAUAGUCUUCUCUGAUUUCUCUCUCUGAGGUCUUUGCAUCUUGCUGCUCUCCUCAAUGUCGCUUCAGCUGCUUUCAUGUUUGUUGUGGGUCUGGGUAAUCCCGUUGUAGCUGUUGGAUGCAUGACCAGGGCAUUUGUGUACUUUAGGCCGCACUUUUAGUGUCUAAAUGUAUCCUGAUUCAAAUCUCCGAACCCCUCACCGUGCCCCUGUGACACCACGCUCAAAUCAGCCCUCACUCUAUAGUGGUUCAGGAAUGGCACUUCGUCUAUGGGCUCCAAGUGUUGACUGACUAACACAGGGCAGGGUGGAAGCUUAUGGAUGGGAACCUUGCCCCUCUUACCCCCACACACACACACACACACACACACACACACACUCAGUCAUACAUACGCGCACAUACACAGAGACACACACGCACACACACACACACACAAACACACACACACACUCAGGUGGUAGCUAUGUAUCUGAUGUGGUGUAGCAUCCUCACGUUUCUCUAGGUCUCUCUCAUUUCACACUUCUGCCUUCUCUUUGUGUCAUGCCAGUUCUGUGUAUCUCUGUCCUGUGUCUGCUGAGGCCGUUAACACAGGCGGUCAUCACAGGCCAGGGAGGGAACAUCUGCUACUGUCAGAGAUCAGAGAGAGAAGGGAGAACAGCUCAUCCAGUUAGGCUUGGUGGUGGUUUUAUCCUGCCUGUAGUAUUACAAGACAUGAUUAGAGAUUUGAGAGUGCUAGUUAUGUGUUGAAUGAACGCACAUAUUUGAAAUGCUGAAAGAAGGCACAUUCUGUCUUCUUAUGUCCCGUUCUGAAAGUUGCUCUGUCGUUUCCCCCACUGCUCCCAAGCUAUCGCUAAAAUGCUGGAGAAUAUUCCUAAGUAGGCCAUGUUGAUAAGAAACAGUGUUACAGUGUUGCAGCUUUCACUUGCUCUGCCUUGGAAUCUGCCCCCCCCACCCCCAAAAAGGGAAAAAAGGAUAUUUACAAACAUGCGCACAGCAAGGCCCACUCCCUCUGAGUGCAGACCAUUCUUAGUUCUACCCUACAAUGCCAUGCAACGUUGGUAUUAGCCACUACAUCUUCCACUAAAUGUAUUUUUUUUUAUCAAUGUGCAAACCAUGUUAAAUGUAUUUUAUUUUUACAGUACCAAAUUGUUAAGAGACAAGAGAUUGAGGUUUCUAAUUGUCUGAGGGAGGAUUGAGUGAAAAGCACGUACUGACCACUUCUGUGUUCCCUAUGCUCCUGGCAGGUCAGAGUCAAUUCAGGGGAUUCCCCAGACUCCCCCGAUGGGUGAUUGCAUAGUUACGUUGAACCGUGACAUUAGUGAGCUGGGUAAAUGUUUGUUUUUUGUUAUUUUUUUGACCUUAUAUGCUCUGUGUGAUUUCUAUGCCCUUACAGUUUUCGCUAUACUUGUAGAGCCAGAACCAAUAUGCGUUGUGCCAUAAGGUUAUUUUUCUCAGACAGAAAUACAAAUGCUGGUGAACAGCAUUACUACUACUAAUGCUGGUUACAGUACUGUUAUCACAGUACAAGUUUGCUGUCAGUUGAGUUAGAAGUCAGAUCUUCAAGGAACCAAUUCUUAAUGAGGGAAGACUAUCAUUGUUUUUUUUUUUUUCUUAUUUCAUUUCGUUGUAUGUCUACGAAUGCAUUUACUGACAAAUCCUCAAAUCCUUUAGCUGUAGCAUGUUGCAUGCAGUGCAGUGUUACUGCUGUUUGCAACUUUUAUCUGUGAGCUCCGUAAAGGGUCAUGAUAAAAGAAAAGAGAACAAAGAAACAAAAGGGUGAAUAACCAGCCUCGAUGGAAAAAAAGGAACAGACCUGUUGUGUGUCCAGCUGGAACCAGGCGUCAAAUCUGUCAACAAAACAGGUGUACAGUGCACACAAACACACAAACACUUUACACAGCCGUCAGCUACAGCAGCGCUGCUGGCAAGAAGGGGACGCUAACAUGACUUGUGCACAGGCAGGGACAGCAGUGGACCAACAAACUGCUUUAACUGUCUCUUUGAAGAUGACCCUUAGACCAACUCUCUCUCUCUCUCUUUGUUCUGGAUUGUCCCAGACUCUAUGGAAAGCUGCGUCUCAAUUGUGCUGAAUGCACAGUUUCAUAGUUCCUUUUUUCCCCCCACCUUUCUAUCCAUUCUCGGAGACAUCAGCAAAAAAUGUUUUUUUUUUUAUUUCUGCUGAGAGGCUCCACCGCAUGCAUGUCUGUCUGGUGCAAGUCUUGACGUCUUCUAAACGUGUCUGUCCAACAGUCCUCUUUAUCCUUUCAGGUCAAAGCAGUCAUCGGUUGUGUUUGCACUGGACACAAUAAGCUCAUCAUUCUGUCUCCAUUUUUAGAAGCCACAUGCGGAUGCUGAAAAAGAAAAAUGAACUCCCCCCAAAGUCACCAUGUUGUUACAUUGUGCUCUGUGCUUAUGGCAUGUGUGGAUCAAAUUAGAAAGUAGAGCAAAUUGUUGGUUUAGAGAGAUGUGAUAUACAAGUAUGGAGUCAGAAGUUCUGAAAUAGCUUAAACAUUAAGAUGACCUUGUUAGGCACACAUGAUGCAGAAGUAGUUGUAGUUAAAUGGGAAGAAGCUAAUUACAGGUGAAAUGUAUGUUUAAUUAGUAACUGUCAAACCCAAUGUGGAACUAGUAAUGUAUUUUACGUCAUGGUUUGUCUAUAAAAGAUUGCUGAAGUUUAUAUGGGAUUAUAGGAGGAAAAGGCUGACAAUCUUUAGACAUGACAUCCAAAGCAUUUUCAAAAAGGAUUCAAACAUUUCUGAGCAGUGGGAAACUUCCAAAGGAAUCAAUACAAUGCACAAUAAUCCCUUUGAGACCAUGCUCCAUCUGUUGAAAUUUAUGGAAAUGUGGUAGCUUAUAGCUCUAAAAAUAGACCAUGCUUGCACAGAUGGAUUAGUGUUACAAUAUUUUAUCUAUGUCUUAAAUGGGACAGAGCCAGUUUAAGGGAUAAUUUUCUUUUUUGUAUUGAUAACCAAUUGAGUAUUUGAGAGACCCUCUGUUCAGACCUUCAGCAAGACCACUUAAAUAUUUAUUUAGUGCAAUAGAAAUGUGUAGUGUAUAGCCAGUUAAGUGCACCUUGGCUUUAGGCAUUGAAUUAUUUACAAAACUUAAUGCCAUCUUUCUUGUCUCUGUUUGCAGAAAUUAAACCAAAACACAGCCCUUUUCCCUGAGGGCUAGACAAGGGGCCACCGUUUUACUGUUAGCCUUUUGUGUUGUAAGACAAGGUCCAGGCAGAUGCACACUGCGCAGGUGCACGACGCCAGGAAAGGGGUCUGCAUUGUGUGUGUGUGUGUGUGUGUGUGGGGUGGGGGGUGAUGAUGCAGGGAAGCAAGAUCUACUGUCAGGUCCCCCGUCUUUCACAGCUGUCACCUGUUCACUGGAGGGAGUCACUGAUCAGUUUACCUGCCCCCUCGCUCACAGUGCCCGGCUCCUGUUCUCUUUUGUGCACUCACACAAACGGGCCCCUGGAGGAUGAGGAGAGAGCUCCACUGUAAAGAUGAGCGCUGUGUGUGUGAGUGAGUGUGUGUGUGUGUGUGUGUGAGUGUGUGAGUGAGUGUGUGUUUGUGUGUGUGUGAGUGAGUGUGUGUGUGUGUGUGUGUGUGUGUGAGUUUGUUAGAUGGGGCUGAAACAUGAAACCCAGGGCCCAGAUAACUGACAGCUCUCUGUUUCCUGGCCCACACGCUGCACUUUGUGCUGUGUUUUUUUUCUCUCUUUUUCCAAACCACUUCCUUUUGUGUGUGUGUGUGUGUGUGUGUGUGUACACGCUCAUGAUGCUGCCUAUUCUAUAGGGAUGAUGCACAUGGAGCUUGCGAGUGAAAACAGUAGUCGUAGCAUUUCUAGUUGUUUUGGCCUCUGAAAGUAGUGCUGCUUACUGUUUGCUUGACUGCUAGACAAGGCUUGGUAGUUGAAAGCAAUGCAAAAUGGUCUCUGGUGACUGAGUCGUGUAUUCAGUUGUUUCACUUUGUGUUCGUUUUUUUUCGCUGUCAGUCAAAUUCACUUUACGGUCCACGCUCCAUGGUCUCUUUGAUGAAAUGCUGUGUGCUGUGCGUCUAACUGACAGCAGCCUACUAAAUGGUGUAACAUCAUGGAGACAUUGAAUAUUGAUAAUAAUUUUAUCAGUACAUCAUCUCCUUCUGUGAUGUGACAUGUGACUCAAAUGCAAUCACUUUAUAUCUGUACUGUAUAAGGUGCAUCUCUAACAGAUACAGAUUAUACCGGUGUUCAAGAAAAGUGUUCAAGAUAAGAUAAUGCUGAUAUGUAUUUUUAUGUUUGCCCUACACUAGAUGUUUUUUUAAAGAAAAAUGGCAAAAAUCUGAUUGAUUGUUUCCUCCCACACUUUUAGUAUCAACAUGUCAAAUGAUGUGUUACACUUAUUGGAGGUACAUUUAGAUACAUACAAAAAAUCAGUACAUAAUUUUCUUAAAACAUUUUGUCAGGAAAUUAGUUUUCAACUGUAGAUGUUUCUGAGUUGUUGCAGUCUGUUCAUUGUUAUGACUUAUUGUUAUUGACAUCCUAUUAUGUCCAUGUUUUCAUCAUGUAGACUUGAAGGAUCAUAUUGUCCCUCUCCUGUAGUGAAACUGCUAUGAAUAUGAUUAAAUUGGGAUGAGAAAUAAAUGCAAGUACAAUGCAAUCUGAAAA